GGACGGAGUGGUUCAUUCCCUUCAGCCCCAGCUAGGGGACGAUGGCCAAGCUCCGGCAGGCCCCACAGCUCCUGCUGGUCAUUUUGGUGGCUUUGGUGUCCCUGGUCUCCCAAUACGCAAGGAAAACCUUCAUGACUGUUGAAGAAGUGCCUGCAGUGGCUCUCUACGUGGAGGACACCUUGCAAUUUGUCACCAACGAGUACAACAAGGACAGCAGUGACGAGUACAACUUCAGGAUUGUCCGAGUCCUGAAGAUCGAGAAGCGGGUCACCGACCACCUGGAGUAUCACAUUCACCUGGAGAUGCAGCGCACUACCUGCCGGAGGCUACAGGUGCAGACGGUGAACUGUGCCUUCCAGGAAGGGGAGCUGUACAAGCAAAUCAAGUGCUUCUUCUCAGUGUUUGCUGCACCCUGGUUUGAAAGGUACAAGAUCUUGAGCAAAAAUUGCAGCGAUGGCUAGAUUCCCCGGAGCACACACCUGUGGUCCCCGGAUCUGAGAGUUCCCUGCGGGAAGUUGUAAUCCUCUAUACGGACAAUAAAUGUUUU